AUGACCUUGUUAGCCUCGAACAAUAAUUUCACGGGAAAUAUUCCCGCUUUCAUAUGCAGAUGGCGUAAUCUUAGCACUCUUGAUUUAUCGAAAAACAACUUCAUUGGUUCAAUCCCUCGUUGUCUGGGAAUUAAUCUCAAGUAUACUCUUAGAGAUCUAAACCUUCGUCAAAAUCGUCUUCAAGGACGUCUUCCAGAGAAUAUAUUUGGAAGAUUAAGAACACUUGACGUCGGUCAUAACCAACUGACGGGAAAACUUCCAAGAUCUUUGAUACGGUUCUCUAGUCUUGAAGUUUUGAACGUGGAAAGCAACAUGAUCAAUGAUACGUUUCCCUUCUGGCUGCGUUCUCUACCAGAGCUAAAAAUUCUUGUAUUACGCUCCAAUGCCUUCCAUGGACUGAUGCAUCAAACUUCGUUCCCUAAGUUGCAAAUCAUCGACAUAUCGCACAACCACUUCAAUGGAGCUUUGCCAUCAGACUACUUUGUGAAGUGGAUUGCUAUGUCAUCACUUGGGACGGUAUCUGAUCAGCCGGACGAAAUGUACAUGGGAUAUUACUAUUACCAAGAUUCAAUGGUGUUGAUGAAUAAAGGUUUAGAGGUGGAGCUUGUACGUAUCCUAAAAAUUUUCAGAGCACUUGACUUUUCAGGAAACAAAUUUGAAGGAGAGAUCCCAAGGUCCAUAGGUCAAUUGAAAGAGCUUCAUGUGCUCAACUUUUCGAACAAUGCUUUCACUGGCCACAUCCCUUCAUCUCUAGGAAACCUGACAGCUCUUGAGUCACUCGAUGUUUCCCAAAACCAGCUUUCAGGAGAAAUUCCUCAAGAGCUAGGGAGCCUCUCAUUCCUUUCAUACAUGAACUUCUCUCAUAACCAGCUUUCUGGUCUAGUACCUGGAGGCACCCAGUUUCGAAGGCAGAACUGCACUUCAUUUGAGGGUAACAUGGGACUUUCUGGCCCUUCUCUUGACGAAAUUUGCAGAGAUAUUCACGCGUCAACACCACAUGAAACGCCGGAAUCAGAGGAGGAAGAAGAAGAAGAGGAAGAGGUGUUGACUUGGAUAACAGCUGUAAAGGGAGUCAUACCUGGUAUUGCCUUUGGAUGGGUGAUUGGAUACAUACUUGUUUACUACAAACCAGAGUGGUUCAUGAACCAUUUUGUCCAAAGCAGCGAAGAUGCAGCAGCAACACAACUCAUUAAAGAGGUCUUUGAUAACUUACCUGAAGAAUCUGAAAGAAGAAAUCCAAAGCAACCACCAUGUCCAAAUCUGGAUUAGUGAAGAUUUGGGUUAUUGUUUCUGGUAUAGCUUGGUGUGUGUUGUCCUCUCUGUUUUUACGUUUUUAGCAAACUUCUUUGUUUCUCUGUAAUUUAACAUCAAUUGCUUAGACGUGACCAGAGCAACAAACAGACGAUCCAGAUUAACACUAUAAGCACCACAUGAGUUCAGAAAAGGAUAUACAUACUAUACGU